UCCGGGUUGUCGGUGUGAACCAGGUCCUCCGGUGAUCACACGUGUGGAAACAAACUGAGAUUUUCCACCAAAACACACCGACACUCUCCUCCACACUGUCCGAGGAGAAGACAGCGGAGCUCGGCCUGAACCUGCGCAGUGACACGGAGACUCUGAGCCGCCAUGGGUCCGCCCCGGUCGAAGAAGCGGCGUCCAACGUUCCGUCGCCUGUUGAAGACGAGCGACGUGAAGCUGGAGAACAAGCUGAAGAACCGUCAGAUGAAGCAGCAGAACGUCGCCAAGAAGCAGCGCAAGGAGCAGAAGAAGCUGCGGCAGGCUGUGAAGGACGCCGCCAUCAGGACGCCACGCCCACUGGAGACGUACAGGAAGAGGCCUGAGGAAGAGGAGGAGGAGGAAGAGUUCCUGGAGACGCUGCCCACAGACAUGAUGGAGGAUGAUGAUGUGGAGCAGAUGACCGCUUUGGCUCGUCAGGCGUCCUUUAUCACCAGAGACCUGUCGUCAUGCGGGCCGGUGCACGGCGGGAAGAAGAGGAGCGCUGAGGUGGUCCGGAGUUACGAGAAGGUUCCGAGGAAGAUGGCGAGGACGGAGGAGAAGGAAGUGAUCCACCUGCUGCCCAUCAAAGACAAGAGAGGAGUCAUCCCACAGAGCGUGGAGAGAGCUGUCACAAAGAAGCCAGAGGAAGAGGAGGAGGAAGAGGAGAAAGAGGAGGCUGCUGAGGAGCAGGAGGAGUCAGAAAACGAGGGGGAGCCAGAGAGCUCAGCAGCACUGACGGCGGAGCAGAGAGAGACGCUCAGACUUCACAAGAUCAACCAGAAGAAGCUUUGCAUCGCCAGCCUGGGGUCAGCCGUCAUGUCCGACCCCUACAGCAACAUAAAGCGGGUGAAGGAGCUGCGUGGGAUGCUGAUGGAGUCGGACCCCUCUGUGGCGGUGACGGUCAGGAAGCUGGUGAUGGUUUCACUGAUGGAGAUCUUCAAAGACAUCACCCCCACCUAUAGGAUACGACCUCUGACCCCUGAGGAGAAGGCCGCCAAGGUGAAGAAGGAGACACAGCAGCUCCGAGAGUUUGAAGAAGGUUUGGUGAGUCAGUACAAGUUUUACCUGGAGGACCUGGAGCAGACCAUCAGAGACUGGAAGCAGAAGAAGAAGAAGCGCAGUCAGGCGGUUGGUUUCCAGUCGUACCGCGGACUCGCCGAAGUCGCCGUUCGCUGCCUGUGUGAGCUGAUGCUCGCUCUUCCUCACUUCAACUUCCACAACAACAUCAUCGUUGCCCUCGUCCCGCUGAUGAAUGACCCCGUCAAACAGGUGUCAGGUAUGUGCUGUGAUGCGUUCAGGAAGCUCUUCCAGCAGGACAAAGAGGGCGGAGCUUCGCUGGCGGUCGUACGAGUCAUCUCGGGUCUCGUAAAGAGUCUCAACUACAAUGUCAGACCUGAGGUGCUGCGGACGCUGCUCAGUCUGAGGAUAAAGGAGGUGCAGGUGAAGAAGGACCUGGAGGAUACGGCACCAAAGAAGAAGUUCAUGAACAACAAAGAGAGGAAGAAGAACCUGUCCAGGAUGCAGAGGAAGUGGAAGAAGGCGGAGGAGAAGUUGGAGAAGGAGCUGCUGGAGGCCGACGCCUCCGAGAGCAAAGAGAAGAAGAUCAAACUGCACACAGAGACUCUGAACAUCGUCUUCCUCAUCUACUUCAGGAUCUUGAAGAAGGCUCAGAAGUCAGUUCUUCUUCCUGCUGUUCUGGAGGGGCUGGCCAAUUUUGCUCACCUGAUAAACCUGGAGUUCUUUGACGACCUGCUCAACGUGCUGCAGAACCUCAUCCAAUCAGGAGAUCUGACCAAUCGGGAGAGUCUCCACUGUAUCCAGACUGUCUUCACCAUCCUGUCAGGACAAGGUGACGUUCUGAACAUCGACCCGCUCAACUUUUACUCGCAGCUGUACAGACUGCUGCCGCGGCUCCAUGCAGGGGCGCCCAAUGAUGAUGUCAUCAUCCUGCUGCGGUGCCUGGAUGCCAUGCUGACCCGCCGCAGGAAGCAGGUGACCCUGCAGAGGGCGAUGGCGUUCGUCAAGAGACUGAGCAUGCUCAGUCUGCACGUGCUGCCCAACGCCAGUGUGGGGAUCCUGGCCGCCAGCAGAGCCGCCAUGCAUGCGUUCCCUAAGUGUGACUUCCUGUUGGAUAAUGAGGUUCAGGGCAGCGGCUACUACCUGCCAGAGCUGGACGAACCUGAACAUUGCAAUGCACAGAACACAGCGCUGUGGGAACUACACACACUGCAGAGACAUUUCCACCCGGUGGUGCGGCGAAUGGCGGUCCACCUGAGUCAGGGAGCGCCCAGUGAAGGUUCAGCGUCGCUCUCUGUGGAGCUGAGCCGCAGGUCUCCGGUGGAGUUAUUUGACGUCUACAGUGUCAGAGACAUGACUUUUAACCCUCCUGUAGCUCCACCCGGCAGCAAGAAGAAGGAUCGUUUCGUGUUUGGAGACACGCUGCUCGACGCCGAGCUGCAGAGACAAGUCCAGAGCGCCCUGACCGUCACCAAGGAGACAGAGCUGGACUUUACUGCAAAACACACGCACAUAACACACUGACAUACACACGCACACACACCUUCAAAAUAAAAGCCCAACAUGUCAGAUAAAUGUUUUCUAUCUCAGAUGCUUUAAUUUGAAAUAAAGUUUUUUAUCAAACUGA